CUCAUUGGAUGGCGUCCUCUGCUUACUGGAUCCCUAUUGGCCAGUUACAAUCUCACGCAAUCGCUCUGUCCCCGCCCUCUUUGAGUCUUCGUGAAGUGAGCAACAGGACGCCAUUUUGAAAUCCGAGGCGCGCGGUGUUUCCGUUGGUGGGGGUUUCCCGCGCUGUGUGGCUCUCUGAUCCCCGGCUGGGCCAGCAUGGCGGACAGGAGCCGGCAGAGGGAAUCGGACGACGACGAGGAGGAGGAAGCGGCCGAGGCCCCGGACAGUCCCGUAUCGGAGGAUCUGAGGGAUGAAGGGCCGGCCUCCCCGAGCUCCCCGCCGGCCGGGCCCCCGAGCUGUCCGGUCUACCGCAGCCCCGCCAGCCGGACCCCCUCCUCCCCCGGACACGACUCACCGCCAUCCUCCUCCGGGGUCAACCUGUUCGCCAACGACGGCAGCUUCCUGGAGCUCUUCAAGAAGAAGAUGGAGCAGAAAGCGGCGGGGAAAGGCGAGGAGCCCCGGCCCACGGCGGAGAGAGUCCCGGAGCCGGAGAAGAGGAGGCUCAUCGGCUUUGUAAGGACCCCCAGGGGCCACACAACCUGUAGAGCUGGGGCAUCCCCGGCCCCUCCCCCAGCAUGUCUGACUGAAACUCCCAUCACUCACUGUGCUGCUGCUAGGAAGAGUGAGACCAUUCAACCUCAGCCAGCCCCGUGCGUGAUGGGAGUUAGUGUCCUGAUAGCUGGGGUAAACAUGAUGGGAGUUGGUGUCCUGACAGCUGGGGUAAACAUGAUGGGAGUUGGUGUCCUGAUAGCUGGGGUAAACAUGAUGGGAGUUGGUGUCCUGACAGCUGGGGUACACAUGAUGGGAGUUAGUGUCCUGAUAGCUGGGGUAAACAUGAUGGGAGUUAGUGUCCUGAUAGCUGGGGUAAACAUGAUGGGAGUUAGUGUCCUGAUAGCUGGGGUAAACAUGAUGGGAGUUGGUGUCCUGACAGCUGGGGUAAACAUGAUGGGAGUUGUGUCCUGACAGCUGGGGUAAACAUGAUGGGAGUUGGUGUCCUGACAGCUGGGGUACACAUGAUGGGAGUUAGUGUCCUGAUAGCUGGGGUAAACAUGAUGGGAGUUGGUGUCCUGACAGCUGGGGUACACAUGAUGGGAGUUAGUGUCCUGACAGCUGGGGUAAACAUGAUGGGAGUUGGUGUCCUGACAGCUGGGGUAAACAUGAUGGGAGUUGUGUCCUGACAGCUGGGGUAAACAUGAUGGGAGUUGGUGUCCCGACAGCUGGGGUAAACAUGAUGGGAGUUGGUGUCCUGACAGCUGGGGUAAACACGAUGGGAGUUGGUGUCCCGACAGCUGGGGUAAACACGAUGGGAGUUGGUGUCCCGACAGCUGGGGUAAACACGAUGGGAGUUGGUGUCCCGACAGCUGGGGUAAACACGAUGGGAGUUGGUGUCCCGACAGCUGGGGUAAACACGAUGGGAGUUGGUGUCCCGACAGCUGGGGUAAACACGAGUUGGUGUCCCGACAACACCCUUACAUUGGUGAACCAGUUUUGUUUCCAGCCAUGGUGGCAAACCUAGUCCCCAACAGAUUAAGUAAACAUAUCAUCUAAAUAAAAUUACAUUUUGUAAAUCUGUCCAAGAGUUGAGGAAAAACCUGUCUGCAAAACCUAGCUUUGGUGUUUGUCAACCGCCACAGUAAAGUCCUUAUAAACAGCAAUUGACCCUUUGCAUUGUCAGUAAGGUGUUUACUUUCAUUUAAGUGAAUCUAUAAUGGAAAAAAUGACCUUCUGGAAUUGCUCUCAUAUACAUUGAAUACUCCAUAUAUCAUAAAAAUAAAUGGUGUAGUCAAUGUAACGAUUUAUUCACUUUUCCUCCACUCCAGCGCCACGUUGUGGGUGUUACUCUUUGGUUAACGCCCAUCUCCUGGCAAUCCUCUCCUCCGCCACUGGUAUUCUUUGAUUUGCUGUGUUUGGGGUGUCUGCACGCUGGCUUGGUUGUUGGCUCAUGUCACUCCGUUUUUAUACUGCUAGCGCUGGCUGGGGAGUUUCAUAGCGCAUGCUCCUUUCCUUGUCAGUCAGUGCCUCUGCAUGCAUUUUUAAAUAGGUUUUUCUCCUAAUCUAUACAUUUGCUAGCGCAAUGUAGAGAUAAAAUCCUAUAGUCAAUGUAACGAGCAUACAUUGUUUGGGGCAUGACAGGUGCCUUCUAACUAGAUGGUGAUUAUAUAGAAGGUAUUUAGGUAAAUUACCAAACCCCCCUCGUUGUGUUCUGUUAUCUUCUGAACAUGGGAGCAUGCAGUUUUGUAGAACGUAACUUAGUGAUGUAAAUGUAGUAGAUGAGUGACAAUAUUUUAUUGUGCACUAUAUAGAAUUAGCAGCCUUUACAAAUCUGUGACACUGAAAUCCUGUAUUCAGCAUUUCAGGCUGCCUUGGCUUUAGGAAGAAUGUUUAUGAGUGCGCAGAUAUAUCUUCAUCGUUUUAACAUUAGUGACACUAUAUUCACAAAAACAACUUGAGCCUAAUAAAGCAGUUUUAGUCUAUAGAUUAUCAUGCCCUUGCCAUCUCACCAAAUUGAACAGUGAGACUUCAGAGUCAUGAUCUGUGCACAAAAACUGCUUUAUUAAAGGACCACUAUAGUGCCCUGAGGGUGCCCCCACCCUCAGGGUCCACCUUCCGCCCAGCUCUGGGGAGAGGAAAGGGGGUAAAACUUACCUUUCUCCCGCGCUGGGCGGGGAGCUCUCCUCCUCCGUUCCUCCCCAUCGGCUGAAUGCGCACGCGCGGCAAGAGCUGCGCACGCAUUCAGCCGGUCGCAUAGGAACGCAUUAUCAAUGAUUUUCACAGUGAGAAUCACGCAAGCGCCUCUAGUGGCUGUCGGUGAGACAGCCACUAGAGGCUUUGGGGGAAGGAUUAACCCAUUUGUAAACAUAGCAGUGUCUCUGAAACUGCUAUGUUUAAAAAAAAAAAAAAAAAUGGGUUAACCCUAGAGGGACCUGGCACCCAGACCACUUCAUUAAGCUGAAGUGGUCUGGGUGCCUAGAGUGGUCCUUUAAGUUGUUUUGUUGACUAUAGUUUCCCUGUAAUAUUACCCAUUUGGUUGUUGUGGAUUCUAGCUCUUAUGAUGAUCUGAAAGCCAAAGCAGCAUGUUCUAAUUAAAGUUUAUUUUAAUAGGACAUAAUUUUGUGGUGCUCUGUUUGUGUACAUUUAGACUUGUGAGAUUUUGUUUUUAAUUCUGGUCUGUAAUUCACUAUAUUGUGCUCAGUGUAACUGCAUUAUGUUAGACUGAUUUGUGAAUGUCAUUUACAGAAGUUUGGUCUACUACAAACUGAGGUUGAGUAGAGGGGGGUAAGCUAACCUAUUGGCUUUCUUUGCAUCCACAGCAGUGAUGGUUAAUCUUUGGAACUAUGUUUAUUGUGAUUAAUGUUUUCAUCAAAACCCAGACAGCUGUUUUGGUAGUAGUGUUGUCUACAGCAGCUGUUAGAGGUUAGCCAACACUAAUAUAUGUAUUUUUGUUUCAAGCUAAUAAUAUACCCUGUGUAUACUGGAGGAGUCUGGUUUAGGGAAUGUGGAGAUUCUCUGCUGGUAGGGAGUGUAUUGCGCCUGUCUAACCCAGGCCUCCCUUAUAUUCUGCUAUAUAGAGGGACACAGAGAGGCUGCAAGGGCUCGUAUAACGGUUGCAGUCUUCUGUUCCUUCCACCCCCAGGUGGGCAAGCGUAGAGGAGGGGCGAAGCUGGCCCUGAAGACAGGCAUUGUAGCAAAGAAACCAAAGACAGAUGAAGAAGAGGUGAGCAAAAAUAUUGAAUUAUUCUAUGUUUAAUUCUUUCCUUCACUCUGUAAUCUGUCACAUUUUGUAUGUACUAUUUGCAAGAUCGAAGAUUUUAUACAUUUGAGGAAAAUUGUGUUUUUAAUAGAAUAGUUAAAUUGGGUUUUCAUGAUUUUUAUUUUAUAUUUUUUUUAAUGUGUAAAAGUUUUGCUGUGUAGCAUUCUGCGCGCGGGAGCUCACUCUCUGUAAUAAACAAUGAUGCAUUUCUUAUUUGGCCAGCAGUUAAAUGCUUGGUCAAUAAUCAGGAUCUAAAAAUUGGCUAAAAUAAAACAAACACUCCAAGAACAAACAAAAAAACAAAGUGCUAUGUGCUUAAAGGCGCUUGUGCUCUAGCAAGGUGCAGAUAUAUAGCAGCAGCUACCACAUGGGAGAAGGGACUCUCAUCCCUUACACAAUAGAAUAUAGAAAUAAUACAGCCUAUGUGAUAAAAUGUACGUUUGACCACUAGCUGUAAUUGUAAACAAAAUAAACACUUGCUGCUAAGUGUUAACAUAGCAGUGCAAAGCAGAAAAAUAAUAAAGCAUAUAUAGUGUAAUACAAUAGUGAAGGAGAUAUAAAGUCACAAUGGGAACACUCACAUGGAAAAGAGCCAAAUACGACAGGCUCAGAUCACAAAAGCUUGUGUGUAUUCUGGUGACACUGACCCUCUUCUUUCUUUAAAUGUCUCGGUGUGCAAAAAUGAAAGAGGGGGGGAGAGAUGGAGACAGCGUGGCUCCUAGUACAUGUAGAUGGGCCUUUAAGGGGGCUACUACAAUUCUUUAACAGCAGCAGUAAAUAAUCCAGUUGGACAACUUCAUGUGUAUAAAACCAAAUUUAUUUGAAAACAUAUAAAAUCAAAUGCUGGAAGUAACGCAUACAGUUUUUAAAAAGUCCUGUGAAUCCUCUUGUUCCAAAAAGCGUUUCACUGUAUAAAUACAGCUUUUCCAAUCAGUGACUUGCUUGCUGAUAGUCAAGGUUUAAAAACACCUACCUUUCCGGUGAUUGGGGUUAGAUCACAAGUCCGCCAAUCACGUGUUUGAUAUCUGGGGAUGUGUGUUGAGCAGCUGUAUUGGGUUGGUAAUAUCGCCCAGUUUUGAAACGUCGCUCGUAGCUUAUUAUGCCAUGCUCAACGUCACCAAUAGGCGUGUGCUUAUGUUACCAUGAUUCCUUGUAGCAUCCUUGGUAUCCAGGAAGUGACGCAGCGAAACAAGUGUUGUCACUUCCCCAUCGUCCGACAGUCAUUUUGUAAGUUGUAUACCUCAUCCAAUGCCAGUACCAUAUUCCUCCUCUAUUAGUUUCGUAAUUGAUGUCACGAUGAUCAUCUCCAUGCCGGGCAAAGUUCCAAUACAGUGGAAUAAAUCAUCCAAUAGUGUCCUCAUAACAAAUAGUUCCAUUCACUCAUAUUUGUGGGGUUUAAAAAGCAUAUAAAUAAAUCGAUUAAUGGUGUAUACACAAAAACUUUGUCUCACACAAUACAUAGUGACAGAUGGGGGUUGUAUGUAUGGGAGCUUUUCAAUACUAUUAUAGUAUUUUGAAAGAAUAUACAUAUAUAGGAAUUAAAGGUCACGCCGAUUGGUGACGUUGAGCGUGGCAUAAUAGGCUAUGGGUGGUUUUAAAAUGGGGCGAGAUUAACAACCCAAUACAGCUGCUCAACACACACCCCCGGAUAACAAACACGUGAUUGGCACACUUGCGAUCUCUAUGCCGAAUCAGAGCAAAGGUUUUUAAAUCGAAAAGGCUUAAAAUUGAAAAAGCUGCUAUUAUACAGUGAAGCGUAUUUCAGAACAAGAGCCCAGAAAUGAAAAUUAACCCCACCGUAACAUACCAUAGAUUUUAUGGUGGUGUAGAAAGUUAUAGGGUUAAAUAUAGGGCUUGCCAAUUAAAUUCUCUGGACCGUCUACCUGGGUUGUCAAGCAGGUCCCUCAAAUAUAAUUACUAAAAUAGAAUAAUUAUGUAAAAUUAAUAGUUGAAUAUAUAUAUUACAAAUAAAGCAUUUUAUAAUAUAUCAUACAUAUAUAAUACAUGUAUAUGAUUUCAUUAUAAGUGCACUUUGUGAUAUACAGUAUAUAACAAAGUACACUUAUAAUGAAAUCAUAUAUGUAUAAUAUAAAACGCUUUAAUUAUUUUAAAAUAUAUUAUAUAUGUAUAAUCUAAUUAUUUUUUUAAAAACUUUUUUAGGAGUCAGGGGGACUGCCUGACAGCGUCCCCCUGCAGGCAGCUCCAUAGACUCCUAUUGCAGCCAUGUGAUCAUAGUGAUCACAUGACCCUGGAGGGCCGGAGAGGCCAGAGCUGCUGCAAGGGGACUGCUGGGGUCUUGGGCAGUCCCCCUGGACUGGGAUCACCGGUGAGUGCAGGACGGCUGGGCGUACUAUGCCGCCGUUUAAAGCCACCCUUUCAAGUACUGCAUAGUGUGUCCGCAGUCUUUAAGGGGUUAAAGAAAGAAGAGGGUCAAUAUCACCAGAGUACGCACAAGCUGUUGUGUUUAUUUUGUUUAGUGCUCUAUAAUAACAACUAGUGGUGAAACUUACAUUUUAUCACACAGGCUGUAUUAUUUCUAUACUCCAAGACCCAAAACCACUACUUGUUAAUGUAGUGAUUAUGGUGUCAGGAGUGCCCUGGCGCCAUCCCACAGUAAGAUGUAAAACCGUUUUAGGUAGGUUUUACAACUUACCUGCUGGGCACCACAUCUAGUCUUUUCCAGCAGGAGAGGCUGUAUUGCUUUAUAGAGUCAAUGAACAAUAGUGCUCAUUGGUGGAGCGUGCAUAACUGAUGCUCUCCGUCAAUAGCUGCAGUUUCGCUCUGCGCAGUGACGUCUUGCUUCUCCUAUUAGAAAAGACCAGAUGUGACUCUGGGUUCCAGUGGGAAAUAGGUAUACUAUCAAACCGUUGUAGCAUAGUUUGACACAGAACAAAGGGACAGUGGCCAUGGGCUUCUAGUGCCGUAACACUAUAAUGGGUAGUGUUAGUUAUUUUCUUUGACUGUCUGUUUUCAAUAAAAUUGUCCUUAUCCUUAACAAGUGAAAAUUGUCUUAAUCCUUAGCAUUAUUAGAGGUUGAUGUCACUGGAUGGGAUGCCGUAGGUUAGACUUUUAAGAAACAAACCUAAAGUGAAUGUGUCGUCAUAGGUUUGCCUAAAUCUAUAGCAACACAUAUACAAUUUAUAAUACAGUUAAAUUGUAUUUUGCUUUAGCAGUUACUAUCCUAAUUCCUCUAUGGCAUGCAAGUGCCACUACAAUGCUUGGUGGUCUGUUGGUAUUAUAAUUAUUUAAAACCUACAUUCCAGCCCUGUCUACCUCCCACUUCUCUGUAAUCUGAUUGUUUCUGUUUGGGGAUAAGUGCAUGUUCUAUUUAUGUCAAUACCGUAUUGUUUCCUGAUCUUUGUGUAUUUGGCUGUAAUGGCUAACCUUUGACGAGCAGCUGUCAUAUGUCUGAGCACCACAGAAAAUUUUUGGUUGGUUUGCUACUUAAAGCUGUCCUUCGCAAAUGUCUCCAUUUACUUCCUGCAUACCGUCUGGUGCUUCAUCUGCCAGAAGCUGCGUCAGUGCUGUAUUCUAGCGAGCGCAACACUUAUGUCUAUGGAGGAGUCCAUAGCCAUAGGUAUAUUCAUCUCACAAUGAGUGUGAGACAAUGUCUGAAUCUCUCACCUCUACUUUGUCUUAUGUAAUCUUUGGAUUUUGUUGGAAUUUCAACUAAAUUCUAACGCAGUCCUCACGAGUGCUUCAUAAAGAUUAUGUCUCUAUGAAAUACACGCAAGUGGCAGUCACUUUAAAGUGAUAUUAUAUUUCCUCCAAAACAAAUUGAGCUUAAUUAAGUAGUUUUGGUGUCUAGAUCAUGCCCCUGUAGUCUCACUGCUCAAUCCUAUGCCAUUUAGGAGGUAAAGGGACACUGUAGGCACCCAGACCACUAAAGCUCAUUAAAGUGCAAUGUCCCAUGUCACUUAACCCUAUAGUGGUAAUUAAUUAUUGUAGUUUCUAAGAAAAUUACCUUGCAGGGUUAAGUCCUUGUCUAGUGGUUGUCUAUAAGACAGCCAUUAGAGGAACUUCCAGGUACUUAGGCAACUUUUGGUUGUCUAAACAACGUUGGACGUCCUCGCGCUAUGCAUGAGGACUUGCAGCAUCACCGGAAUCCCCAUAGCAAAGCAUCGACUAAUGCUUUCCUAUGGGGAAAUCCUAAUGCGAGCGCAGCCAUUGCUGCACAUGCGCAUUAGGUCUCCCCCGCCGGCUGAUGUCGGAGGGAGAGGAGCUUGGGUGGAGCCUGACGCAGCACAAAGAUAAAUCGGUGGAUUGCUAGAUUCAGGUAAGUGACUGAAGGGGUUUUAACCCCUUCAGCGAUAUGUUAUAUAGGCGGGAGGGAGGGAGAUUUGUUUCCCUGGCACUAGAGAAUCCCUUUAAAUAACUUUGUUUAUACAACCCUAGUAAUAUCUCUUUGCAUGUAAUGUGCACAGCCUUUCUAAACAUUAAUGUUUACAUUCCCUCUAUUGCACCAUAUGUUUAAAUAAAGCAUCACUAUAGUGUCAGGACACUAUAUAAUCCUUAGGGUCCCACCACCCUCAGGGCCCCCCUCCUGCUGGGCUGAAGGGGUGAAAACCCCUUCAGCCACUUACCUCCUCCCCCUCCGACGUCAGCUUCCGAGUGGAGCCAAAUGCGCAUGCACGGCCAGCGCGCGCAUUAAAAACUCCCAUAGGAAAGCAUUUCUCAAUGCUUUCCUAUGGACGUUCUGCGUGCUCAAUGCGAUUUUCGCAUUGAGCAUCGCAGAAGCGCCUCUUGCGGCUGUCAGGAAGACCGCCACUAGAGGCUGAAUAAACCCUGCAAUGUAAACCUAGAUCACUUCAUUGGGUGACUAUAGUGGUCCUUUAAGAAUGUCUUAUCUUCUAUAGUGUUAACAGUACAAAAGAUAAGCCUCUUGUGUGUGUGCUUCAAGUUCGGUUUACAGAGCAGGAGAAAAUUGUUGCAAGUUAACCUCUGAUUGAAUUUUUUUAGUGCAAGCUGUCAGUCAUAGCUAAGGGAGGUAUGGCUAGGGUUGUGUAUAUAUACAGGCUGGCCCAUAAGUCCCUACCCAUCCAGCACACAGAUACACUGGAUACAUAAGAUAUAUGGAUGGAUAGGGACUUAUGGGUCACCCUGUAGAAACCAAAGUGAUUAUAAACACUUAAAUGGCCGGGAAUUAAUUAGUGAGACUUCAGAGGCAUGAUCUAUACACCAAAACUGCUUCAUUAAGCUAAAGUUGUUUUACUGACUAUAGUGUACCUUUUGACUUUCUAUAAUAGUACUGUCUGACAAUCCCAUUAAGUACGGCUUUCCAGGCACAACAUGGGCUUUCAUGAGUUGCAGUUCACUUGUUUUCCUUUUCUACAGUAAAAAUCUGUAAAUUCAAAUACACCUCUCUGAAACGUGUGCUAUGCAUCCUGAUUACAUCAUAUACAUAUAUGUAUUAUUGGAGGAAAAAAGAGAGCUAGAAAUAGUAAACAUGUAAUGCAAAACUAAACAGUACCCUGUAAAACUAAGGAUUCUUAAGCCUACACAUUGUAUCAGAUGUGUGGGUGCCAGGGUUUCCCCUUAAAAGUAUUUUCAUUUGCCCGAUGCAAUUUGUAAAUCUUUUUCCAAAAUGCAUUUGAUUUGUCUGAUUCUCUUUUCUUAUGUCUUCCACAGGUAUUGUCAAACAAAGGCGGAGCCUGGGCACAAUAUAUGGCCGAGGUGAAAAAAUACAAAGCCCACCAGUGCAGUGACGAUGACAAAACGCGACCGCUGGUCAAAUAACACAAUGAGACACCGAACAGCUUUAUAAGCACUGUUGGUUACUGCUUUUAAGCUAUCAUGAAAGGGGAUAUCUUAUUCACAAAUACACCUAUCCUCUCCAUCCUUGCUGGUUCAUGUUGUUCCCUUCGUGAUCUUGGAAUAUACCUUGCUAAAACCCUUUUGCGGACUCAGGGGAGAAAAGACUUCCUAACCAGAAAUUCAAUUUGGGGUGCAUUGUUGGUUUUUUGUUUUUUUUCCUCAGACAAGGAUUUUUCUGCAUUUCAUACCUGCUUUUCAGCACCUCUGACGCCUUUCUCCCCAAAACCCUGUUUACAGCUGCAGAAUUGAGGAGUAUAGAUAUGUUUUGUUUAUUUUUCCUAUGGGACUUGGAUGUCUUAUGUUUCGUUUAUUCGCAGAUUGCUUUUGUUCAGAUUCUCAGUGUAGACCAUUCUUAUUAAACUAAUUUAGCACCAAGUCAAUACUCACAACUCUUUUAUCUGCCAAAAGCUAACCCAUUCCACAGCACUGAACAGUGCUUCCAAAACUAACCUCAAUUUUCAAAGUCUGUGUAACACUAGUCCCCAUAAUUCUUAUUUAUGAAAUAUUAAUCCACCUACAUGCUUUUUUAAAUGUAGAAACCACUGCAAAUUUACCUUUUGUGUACAGGCUGCAAUAAAGUGGACUUGAGAAGUGAGAGUAUCUAUGAAAAGGGAUGUCUAGUAAUGUGUUGCAAACAGGUGUAUUCCAUAAACUUGGGAUCAUAAAAAACAGAACCUGCAGAUCUGCCUCUUGAUCCUCUUCUCAUCAGCAGGGGCAUUGAUCUACAACUCCCAUCAUUCCCUUCCUCAAUGAAGUGGCCUGGGUGCAUUGGUCUUGUCAUUUUAACCCUUCAAGUUAAAAUUGUCGUUUUGCAAAAAUUACCAUGUUUAACUUGAAGGGUUAAACAUUCUCCCAGUGGCUGUCAUACAGACACUAAUACUUCAUUGUAUGACAUUUGACAUUGCAUGUUAUCAAUGCUUUCCUAUGGGAAAAGCUUAUAUAAGAGUAUUUGAUUGGACCACUGUGAAAUAGACUACAAUAAAGGAAGUGUAAACAGAACUUACUUUACAUGAAGUGUUUAGGAAGGCAAUGUGAGGCACAUGCAGGGAGGUGUACCUAGGGCUGUAUAAACAGUGAUUUAACUCCUAAAUAGCAGAGAAUUCAGCAGUAACACUGCAGGUCGCAUGAUCUAUACACUAAAACUGCUUGAUGGACCACAUCACACUGUCAUCCUAAAUUUAGAGGGCUUUAACACCAUUAGUGCAGUAUAGCAUACCCCUAAGAUGUCUCUCCUUCCAGUCUGCCUUCUAACCCAUGCUGGCGAUUGGGGACCUGUCAGACACAUGAUCGUAGUGACAGCCUGUUAAAUGAAUGAGACAUUAUCUCUGUCCUUCUUUCCUCAGUUUGAUCAUUGGUUGAGGGGGGGGGGUCAUUAAUUUUAUUUAUUUUUUAACCUUAUCACUGUACAAUAUCGAUGCUGUAUCAGGGUGAUCAGAGGGCUGACUCUCUGGUCAUGCAGAUUUUUUUUUUUUUUUCCAUUUCUAUUGAAUAAAGAAAAAUAACGCUGCUGGUGCUUGCUCUAUCAGUAAUAUUAUUAUGUUUGGGUUGGAUGUAGGAUUUUCUGUGUGUGGUAGUGUGAAUUUUAGGUGUUUAUCGUAUUGGGUGUUAGGCAGGUAGGCAAAUUAAUUUAAAAAAAAAUCUCCCUUAAAUGGCACGCUUUUAUACGGCUAUAUAGUCUUUGUAGACUACAGCAAGUAUAUGGGAGGAGUAGAUUUGGUGGGUCAAUGUAUACAGCCUUAUCUGGUGAACUGAAAAACUAGCUUCUGAUAUAAGAAAAUUGCAAUCCAUAAAAGCAGAUAUCGGGAAACCAUACCCAUUUCUUGGUUUUUAUGUUCUGUAUUAUGGUCCAGUAUAACUUUUUGUAAUCAGAGGAUAUCCAGAGUUUGUGGAGCACUUUCCUUUCCAAAUCCCCAUCCCCCACAUACAUGCACACCCAGUAAAAUGUGACACCAGAGAAUGUGUCAUGUUUGCUAUAAGAUGGAAUUUUGAAAGGAUUCUAGUUAUUACUGUCCUCUGCAGAAUAGAUUGUUUCAAAGUCUACUAUACAGAGGUGAACAUUUGUAUCACUCUGGUGACUUUAUCAGUUUGUUCUGGAUUCCUGACCUCGGCUUACCCUGAAUAUUGUGUUAGCUCCCUGUACCGACUUAUUGGCUUUUUAUAUCCAUUACUCUGACUUCUGGAUUCCCCGAACCUGUUCCUGUUUACAUUAAGCACAGCCUUUAUAAAGUGGCUACACCCAACAACUCAAAAUACUACUUUUAGAAUACUUGUUAAAAUGACAUACCUUCACGGGUGCACUUUUCUUGCUUAGGGUGCCAUGUUCUCUUAAAUGUGACAGAAAAUCACUUUUGCCAAUUUCAAGUUAAAAGGAGCAAUGACCUUGUUUUGCUAUAUGAUGUACCAAAUAAAAACAGUACAGAGGGGCAAUGUUAUAUUUUUGAGACAAAGUAAAUACAAAUAAUGAGAUUUUAUUUCAUUAAAACAUAUCAAAAUGAUAAAAUUCAUGUAUGCUGGAAAAAAACCAAAAGAAAAUAUGACCACCAAAUGGGGCCACUAUUAGUUAUGAAGUGGCUAGACCAAAUAUCUCAAAAAAGGUUAUUUGGAAUACCCUGGUUUGCCUACUUUUAAAAAUAGUAUGCAAUCAUUGGGGUAAUUCUAAAUCCUGGGCUGCCAUACAACAUAGGCCCAGCAGCCCAAUCUGGCAAACGUCAAUGUGUAAAAACUGAAAUAGACUAGCACUAUAUUUGACCUGGUAACUUUUCAAACCACCGUUAAACCUGUACAUGGGGUUGGGAGGGCAUUAACGCAUACAAAUGUGUAUUUUAUUGCAGUAAAAGUUAACUGUAUUAGGACAGAUCUCUAUUUCUAAUGAAACAGGCCUGAUGCCUCUUUUCAAUUAGCUCCCCAAAUGUAAAAUUAAAAAAAUAAAUCACUUGCGUUUUCUUUAGGGCCAAGUCUCCUCCUCCAUAAGUGCAUGCACGGCAUUCAUUGACAUAGAAAAUAAUUGUAUGCAACACUUCUCUAUGGACCAUGGUUCACUGUGAUGUCACCACACGUGUGUGUGACAUAUCUUACAGUAUGAGAGUAGGGAAGUAUGAUUCCAAGCCUGUUAAUUUGUUUAAAAUGUUUCAGGGAGCAGGACUGCAGGCACUAUAAUGACUUCAAUAAGGUGACUACAUAAAUGCCUACAGUGACCCUUUAAGCUAAAGUUGUUUUGAUGCCUGUAAUAUCCCUUUGAAUACAGCAUUCAGGCGUGCAUUGGACACCUGAAACUACUUGCUGUGACACAAGGGAUAGUUCUGGUCUUAGUGCCUCUUUAGAAAUGUGAUUACUUGUGUAUGUAGCUGAGAUCUCUAGAUAAGCUGGUGAAAUACAUUGAUUGGAUUUUAAAGUGUUUCUUGCUGAGUAAGAACAGUGUCCACACAUUCUUCCCUUUUAAAAGUAACAUUCAAAGGGAUUCUGUAAGCACCUAGACAACGUUAACUUAAAGGACCACUACAGGCACCCAGACCACUUCAUCUUAAUGAAGUGGUCUGUGUGCCAGGUCCAGCUAGGUUUAACCCUUUUUUCUAUAAACAUAGUUUCAGAGAAACUGCUAUGUUUACACUGAGGGUUAAUCCAGCCUCAUUGACAACCGCUAGAGGCGCUUCUCACUGUGAUUUUCAUAGUGAGAAGACGCCAGCGUCCAUAGGAAAGCAUUGUGAAUGCUUUCCUAUGGACUGACUGAAUGCACAUUCAGCCGAGGAGGAGAGUCCCCCGCCCAGGGCUGGAGAAAGAGGUAAAUUUAACCCCUUCCACCCCCUAGAGCCUGGCGGGAGGAGGGGCCUGAGGGUGGGAGCACCCUCAGGGCACUAUAGUGGUCCUUUAAGCAUUUUUGAUGCAUAGAUCAUCCCCCGUACAGUUCAGUUCUCUGCGAUUUAGGAGUUAAAGCACUUAAAGGAACGCUAUAGGGUUAGGAACACAAACGUGUUUGUUUCCUAUACUGUUAGAACGUUAUCUGGCCCUCCUUUGUUCCCUUAAAGAUAGUAAAAACUCCUUAUUUCUAGUCUGGUGGUGCUGUUACUGCACAUUGUCAGAAGUGAUGAGCUCAGCCAAGCAUAAUGCUUUCCCAUAGGAAAGCAUUAUGAUUGACUUAGAAUUAUCUCAGCCAAAAGGAUACUGGGUGAGCCAAAUGCCAUCCAGUAUCUCCUCAUAGAAAUGCAUCUCUUUGAGGAAAGUUCAGUGUCUCCAUGCAGACAGUGUGCAGCACUGGAAGCAUCUCUAGUAGCCAUCUGUGGAGUGGCCAGUGGAGGUGUCUCUAGGCUGUAAUGUAAACACUGCCUUUUCUCAGAAAAAGUGUUUACUGCAAAAAAGCCUGCAGGGACAGACUAUACUCACGAGAAUAACUGCGUUAAACUAUAGUUCUUCAGGUGACUAGUGUGUGUCCCUUUAAAUCUCACUUGACACCUGUGUGAAAGCUUUAGAGUGUAAGUGGGGACAGUGAAAUGCAAUGUGGUAACAUGUUUAGGGAUUUAUGGGAAGACUAAUGUAAAGGUAGAAAAUACCUAUUCCUAAAGAGGUGAGUUUCAAGGUUGUUCUUAAAGAACUAUUAAAAACAGAACCAAGCAUAAAUAUAACAACACAUUCUGCCUAAAAAGUAAAAGCAUAUAAAACCAAGAAAAUACCCCCACUUAUCUAAUCUUAGAAGAGAAUAAUAGUUUGACUUGACCAUGGAUGGUUGGUUACAGAGGAACAUCACUGAAUCCAGAAUUAAAAGAAAAAUAAUAAUUGUACACAUGAAGCUUAAUUUAUUUUGCUCAAGUUAGCAUUUCAUGCUCAAAUAUUCAAAUUCACUCCCCACCUGCCCCCUGGUGUUGGGUAUUGCAAGAGUGCAUUCAUGUAUACACAGCCACUGAAACAGUCCUACUUGUAACAUCACUACAAGAUGGGUCUGAGAUAAGACAGUGGCAGUAGCAUUUUUCCUACAUUAUCAAUAGGCAACCUUCGAUUCUCCAGCUAUCAGGGACACAUUUACAAUAAUGGAAAAGCAUCUGGGAAAAUGUAGUCCAUAAUGCCAAAGGUUGCCCACCCCUGACCUACAUGAUCACAAGGAGGGUUUUAGAUUAGACACUGGUCAGUAACAGUCUUUCGGCUAACCAGGCAUGGCUCCAAUAUAGGUCUCAGAUCAAAACACAUGCCACAAGCAAUCUUGUGGUUACAAAAUUACUUAUUUUGAAAUCUGGAUUUAUUUUUCACUUUUAGACAAGCUCAUAUCUUGGACUGAGCUGUGAGCGCUAGACAAAUUAACCAGGUUUCAAGCUGCCCAUGGCACUUCCAAGUUCACAGCCCUAUUGAUUUCAGACACCACUAACCAUCAGUAAACUGGUGCAGGAUUCUCAGGCGUAGCACUGCAAUGGGGUACUUCACCGCCCUGCGUGUCUGGCACAGUGGAUUCUAGCGAGCGCCUGAAAUUAUAAAACUCAUUUACUGAUAGACAGUGGGCUGAAGAUUGUUAAAAUCCUACAGUUCCUAAAAAGCAGCUUCAGAAUAAGGCUCCUUACAAAGAUUGGAAAUUUCGACUCUUUGCACAAGAUGAGUGCAAUCUCACAAGCAAAUUGUAAUAUUUGGUUUCAGAAUGCAUUUAUUACUCCUAUCUACCACUUUAUACAAAAUUCAUUGGUCAAGCAGCUGUGUUUCAUCCAUUCAAAGUAUCUCAUUACCUCCAUUUUUUUUUUACGGGGCAUAACAUAGGGGCAAAGCCUGCCUAUACUGCACCUGGGUGACGUUUCCCAUGGUACAGUCUCUCCACUCACUAGUGAAAUAACAUUUUGUCUAGAAGAAACUAACAGUUCUAUGGAAAAUCCCCCACCUUGGCCAUACUAGAACCAGAGGGGGUGCAUGAAUUUCAAUGCACGUACAAUUAGCUUGCAAUAACCAUGUCUUGUAUUUGGCAAUAGACUUUUUUUAAAACAUAGCAAUAUUAUGUAUCCAUGUUUGUUAUAUACCAAAAUGGACUACCUUAAACAUAUCUGCUAUUAGAAAGCCUUAUGCCUGCAAAAGUACAGUCCAUUAAGCUGGGGAAUUCAAUCCUGUAAGCCGGAGCACAUCUUGUCUGUUUGAUACAGACUUGCUGAAGCAAUUCCACUCCUCCAUGUACGCAGAUACACUGACAUUGCUAAGCCUUUUAGAAGAACAGUGAUCUUCUGCAGAUGAUCUUUCCAUAGGUAAACACACAUCAUUGGCCAGUACCAGUAGAGAAUAGCCUCAGCGGCUCCGUUGUUAAUAUGGAUUUGGAGUACUUGUGCAGCCAAUCAGUGUGUCUCGUAGGAUGAGAGGAGAGCAGCAUCCACUGGCUCCAUGCAUGAAGGGCAGGUAAACGACCUCAUUAGCCAGUCGUCUAUACAUUCCACAUGGUAAAUGUGCAUACAGGGGAGGAAGCGUACAGGGUCUCCGCUAACAAAGUCCAACAUGCAAAUCACACAC